AUGCCUGCAUCUACGGCGAGGCUUCGGAGUGCCGUUAAAGAAUAUAACGCGUUGGACUCGGAACGUUCGAUAAUUAGUUCCCAAGCAGAGUUUGUACAAAAGACCGUGGAAAAUUUACAGGGCCGUACUCUGUACGGAAUAAAAACUGAUGGCGUACCACUAUUUUAUCGAUUCACCAGCACCGCCUAUCAACAUGUGCUGGCCGAUCUGUUGACGAGCGAUGAGCGUAACUUUAUCGCACACCUAGCACGGAUGGUCGUCUCCAUGCGUAAACACUAUGGACUGCCCUUCCUCGUAUUACAAGUACAACUCAGAGGAGUAAUUAAUGAAGACAACGCCGAUGAUAACCUAGAAGGCAGCGAUAAAAGAACAAAGACAACCACAGCAGCCAUAACCGCGACAGCCAGACCCACUAAACAACGGUCAGAGUCUUCUUCCGGAUCCGCUAAAGCCCAACCCGGCUCCUUACCAUCCUCGGAUGGAGAUGUAGUCACAAAAGGAAACAGGACCGGAGGAAUGGGACCUGGAGGAACACUAUCUCAAAUCAAAUGCCCGGACCAACCUGGCCGUCUGCCUCAAACUAACCGAGCAGCCAUAGAGGAGGGGUCCUGGCGUACGCCGGUUAUUCAGCCAAUGUCCCAGGUUACUGAGAUGGACGAAGACCACAUCAAGAACGACCCGCUUUCGGACCCGCUUAAUGACAACCUGCUUGCAGACAACCUGCUUGCAGACAACCUGCUUGCAGACAACCUGCUUGCAGAACAGCUAACAGGAAUUGCCCAUCCCGUGCCCGAAGAGCCGGUAGCAGACGAGGUGUUGACCGACGAAAGUUUAUCUGUGCUCAUGCGGGAAGAUGUGAACGGGUGA